GUUGAGAAACAAUACAAUCUAUCUGAUGUUUUUGGCGAGUUAAUUGAUGAGGUCCUCCGUGCCGAGGCGGGUGACAACGAAGAUGCUUAUGAUGUGCAGAAAACCACAUCAAAAUCAGAUGAUAUUCUUCCCCAGACAGCUGAAGGAUGUACGUGUCCGGCCCCCCAACUGUACCCGAUAUGUCUACUCCAGUUUCUCAGCAGGAUACGCAGUUUACAGACACACAGGGUAAACAUGGUGACGGUGGCAAGAACAUGCCGACCAAUACAAACGUCACUCCUAAAGCAACACCACACAUGGAUCCUGACGCGCCGAUAUUUGAUGCGACUCCGCAAAUCAAGGUUUAUGUUGAAACCGAUCCAGCUACAAACACUCCACAGGUUGGCCAGGCUUCUCUUGAUUCGGAGAUGCAAACUGUGUUAGCUCUACGCGAAUAUUUGUGUGGUCUGCAAUCUGACACCGGCAGGACCAUAAUAGAUUAUGGUGAAUAUUCAGCGACAUGUUCUGACAUAUAUGAAUCUUUUGCCGAUGGGAAGUGUCUCGACAAUGUAUUCAUGCAGUGUUUCAUCCAAUGUGUUAUUGAUGAUGCAAAAAAUCAGCAGACUUCCAUGAGUUCGAACAGUUUGGUUCUUGAUGUUAAUGUUGGGUCACUACUCAACUUUGAGGAACAGGAACGACACAGUCGCAACCCUCAACCUUUUGAUGAAUUUGUACUCCACACACUUCUAGACAAUUCAUUGCCUGAGACAGAUGAAUUGGACCAAUGCAAAGCGAUCAUGGUCCCCAUGGGCAACACCAGUGAGAUACGGUCUCUUGCACUGCAUUAUAUCACAUUCCACCCGAAGAACAAAGCAUUAUCGCUGCUCCAAGACAUCCAAAGAUUCAAGGUCUAA